CCUUUAUUGAACAGAGCAGUCUGAGGAUUCAGUAGAAAGAGUAGCUGGGCUCUGCCUCCUGCAUUGCUUUGAAAUACAUGCUGGAAUCAUUUCUGUUUUCAAAAUUCCUUGUAAUUUUCACUUACUGAAAGGAAAUGGAUUGGACCGGAGCAAUUUUAACUUUAUUCCUAUUUAUUUUUGCAAUUAUGUUCCUUUUGAAAAAGAAUAGUUCCAGGAAUAACAGCUCCCACAAUCUCCCUCCGGGACCCAGAACUAUACCUAUUUUGGGAAAUCUGCACAUGAUGGAUCUGAAGAGGCCUUAUAGAACAUUGAUAGAGUGGUCAAAAGAAUAUGGUCCCAUUUUUCGCAUCAAACUGGGAUUCCAGGAGAUGGUGGUGCUGACUGGCUAUGAAACAGUCAAAGAAGCUCUAGUGAACCAGGCUGAUGCAUUUGCAGAUAGGCCUGUCAUCCCCAUUUUUGAAGAUGCAGUGAAAGGAUACGGUCUUGUUUCUUCUAGUGGUGAGAACUGGAAAGUGAUGCGGCGGUUUACAUUAUCCACAUUACGGGACUAUGGAAUGGGAAAGAGGACCAUUGAAGACAAAAUCAUUGAAGAGUGCAGUGUCUUAACAAAGACAAUGGAGACUUAUGCAGGAAAACCCUUUGACAUCACAACUAUUCUGAGUGCUGCUGUUUCCAACAUCAUAGUUUGUAUUCUACUUGGGAAACGGUAUGAAUAUGAAGAUGCCACAUUUUUGCGACUACUAAAGAUAGUAAAUGAAAGUCUUCAGCUUUCGGGAAGCCCUGCUGCAUUGAUAUACAAUUUGUUUCCCAAGUUGGGGUUCCUUUUGGGUGCUCCUAAAAAAGUAAUGAAAAAUGAAAAAGAGUUCCAAGAUUUCAUAAAGACCACCUUCAUAGAAUAUCUCCAAGAUCUUGAUGAAAAUGACCAGAGAAAUUUUAUUGAGUCAUUUCUUGUUCGGCAAAAACAGGAGAAUAUGAAGAUGACACAUGGUGGAUAUUUCCAUAACGAAAAUCUUAUAGGUCUUGUAGAUGAUUUAUUUGCUGCUGGUACAGACACAACGGCAAACACUCUGCGCUGGGCCAUACUCCUAAUGAUGAAGCACCCAGAAAUCCAGAGAAAGGUCCAAGAAGAAAUUGCAAAAGAGAUUGGUGAUAUCCAGCCAAGGACAGACCACCGAGCCAAAAUGCCUUACACUGAUGCUGUAAUUCAUGAAAUUCAAAGAUUUGGUGAUAUUGUUCCAUCCAAUUUGCCACAUUCAACCACCAUGGACAUAACUUUGAAAGGCUUCUUCAUCCCCAAGGGCACCCAUGUCAUUCCCUUGCUGACUUCUGUGCUCCAUGAUGAAUCCCAGUGGGAGAAACCUCAUGAAUUCUAUCCUGAGCAUUUUCUUGACUCUGAAGGAAAAUUUGUGAAGAGGGAUGCAUUCAUGCCUUUCUCUGCAGGUCGAAGAAUAUGUGCAGGUGAGACUCUUGCCAAAAUGGAGCUCUUCCUCUUCUUUACCAGCCUCUUGCAGAAAUUUACCUUCCAUCCACCCCCAGGAACAUCUAAAGAUGCUCUGGACCUGACCCCUGGUGUUGGACUUAUCUCCCCUCCCAUGCCUUACAAGACCUGUGCUGUGUUAUGCUGAUCUGACAAUAUAAACAUUACUUAUAUUACAAUAUAUGUAUCAGUUAUCAAUAUACCUACAUCUACAUCUAUAUCUAACUAUAUCUAUAUCAUCUAUAUCUAUACCUAGCUAUCUACAUCUAUCAUCUAUCUGUCUAUUAUCUGUCUGUCUGUCUAUCAUCUAUCUCAUUUUCUCAGCCUUGAAAUGUCUUCAGUUUGACAGAGGCAAAAUUUAACAAUAUAAUUCAAUACUGUCUACAUUUCAUGUGUUAUUUAGAAGAUAAAUGGAAAUGAUCUAUAAUCUCAUGAAAUGUAGGUUCUGAUAGGGAAGAAUAGUAGGGAAAUCAUGGAAAGCAAAGUUUUUUUUAAAAAAAUUGGGACCAUUUAUUUCCUUUGCUCUUUACUAUUUUUUGCCUUCAACUAUCUGUUUCUGUUUAGAAUUUUUUGUCUCUUUUGCUUUAAUUAAGAAAUGCAAUUCUAAUUACAUUUUAAAAAGCAAUAUUUUUUUUUUCCUGCAAUAGUCAAUUUAUGUAUUUGCUUGUACACCACCCAGAGUCCCUCUGAGAUGGUCAUGGGCAGCUUUAAAAAUUUAGUCAAGAAAUAAUAUUCAAUCGAAUGUAUUCAAUUAUAUUCUUUUUUUAAACAAAAUUAUAAUAAUUUAGUUAUGAUAGAAAUAGUAAUGAUAAUUAUGAUUUAAAAGUUUGCUCUAGACAUGUUAAUAUAACCAGUAAAUUCUGGCCAAAAUAUUAAUUUGGAUAACAAAUGAGAUUCAGACACUUUCAAGAAGUAGAACUGAGUGCUAAUGACCAGAUGACUGCAAGAAAUAUAAAUUCUUUCAUCCUCCACCUGUCAGGAUUUGGUGUCGUCUCAAAUAAACUGCAUUUCAAACAAA